CCCCACCUCUAAGUGCCUAUUGAAAUACAAAAUAAAUAAGUGCUUGCUAGAAAUCAAAUGCUGGAGAACACAAAAUGUCGCUCGGUGGAGAAAGCAAGCACACUCCAAAGCUAUCCAAUCUGAGGCUUUUGGACGACGACCAGCUGGUUAGGAUCGUCAGGACGCCACGUCCGUCAAAUGGAUUGGGCCAGCAUCCCGCACAGGAUCGCCUCAAGCGCCUGCAGGCCCAACUGAAGCGGAUGCAGGACAACGAGAAGGAGCAGGGGACCACCAAUCGGAGCACCCACAGUUCCUUGGCAGCUCGUCGUUCAUGUGCGUCCACAUCUACACCCCAGCGAAUCCUAAAGGUGCCGGCCAAGGUGGCCAGGAAUGCCUGGGAAAAGCCAAAAGCCCUGGUGGAUGCCAAUCGCCUGAAGGCGGGACGUAGCCAACCUGCCAACCAGCGUCUCAUGCUAUUAAGAGCUUCGCUGCAGCAGAAGCAGCAAUGCGAGGAGCGCAACAACAAUAUUGUGCCCAAGAUCAACGAAGAGGUGAUCGAAAAACAACCAGAGAUCUGCAACAUCACAAAUACAAGUGCAUUUGGCUCGACGGCCAGCGAUAUGGAGGUCGAGCCCAUGGAAUGGCAGGAUUCCAUUGAAGAGGAGGCUACACAAAAGAAUCAGGAUGAGGCUAAGGAAGGGGACGAUACUCUAUUGAUGUUGCAGGCGGAGUCCAUUGAAGAGGAGGCUCCACAGAAGGAUCAGGAUGAGACGAAGGAAGAGGACGACACUCUAUUGAUGCUGCAGGCGGCCGAUGCCGAGGAGCUGCCCCCAAGGCUUGUGGAUUACAUGUACUUUGUGCUAGACACCAACGUUCUCAUACACAACCACAAGUUCGUGGAAAGACUGACCGAUGUGGUGCUCCCUGGCACGGUGGGGAGCAUGCUGUACCUUCCCUACAUAGUAAUCAAAGAGCUGGACAAGCUGAAGUACAAGUACGAGUCGGACUGCCUGAAGCGCGUGAUUGCCGUGCGAGCAAUACGCUUUUUGAACACCAAGUUCGACGAGAGCUUGCAAAUACAAGCUCAAUCUGCUUUGGAGGAGGCGGAUCACCUGAUCAAGAUCGAUUGCCCGGACGAUAGCAUUGUGAAUUGCUGCCUGCAGCUGCAGGAGCAGGUUCCCCACAUGAUGCUGCUCACCAACGACGCGAACCUCCGGCUCAAGGCCAAUGCCUCCGACAUAAAGGUCUCCAGUCGCUCCGCUCUGAUGUCCACCUAUGCGGAUGAGUUCGCUGGCUUCGGCGAUUAAUUCGAUGCCAUCCGAGCUCCCACUUUACAUUUAGUAUACGAAAGACUGUGACUGCGUUUGUGAUACGGGAUCGGGAGGCAGGCAAAAGGGAUCGACCAGUCAAGCAAGAUGCACCGCAGCAUACAUGAAGUACAAUGAAUCCUUAAAACCUAAUAUACUUUCAGAGGAAGGCCACUGACGUGUUCACCGAAGACUUUAAACAUGCACAUAUUAGACAUCAUAUUUAACUGCCAUUUGCUACGUGGAAUAAAGUUUGUUUCUGGAUAUA